AAAAAAAAAAAAGUCCCCAAAUUGUAGAACUGAAAGAAACACAGAAGUUAAAAGAUCAACACAGAGUUCAGAAAGGGAGACAGAGAUUAGAAACCUUCGAUGCACAGACGAAAACCCUAGAUUCUUAUUCCUUGUUCAUUCAAUCCCAAAGACAAAUCUUUGAUUCUCUCCUUCUACAUUCACUGUUUUAAUUUAAGUGAAUCUCAACUCAAUACAAGAAACGUACAAAGUUCUGGUUCAUAUCAAAUAAUUACAAUGAAAGAAACUGAACAAGCUGGGGAUCCACAAACUUUUGAAACUCCAGAAAAGCAAAAACUGAGACGGGGGUCUAGAAAGCGCGGCAGUAAUUCACAGGUUGUAAGUUCUCGAAUUACCCGUUCACGUCUUGCUGCUGACUGGACUACAGAAGAACUGGUCACUCUUGUGACAGAAACUGUUGCUAUUGACGCAGCUUUCUCUAGAGCUUUGCCUUCUAUUCAGAAAUGGAAAAUGAUAUCUGAUAAAUGCACGGCUCUGGGUGUUGGUAGAUCAUCAGACCAAUGCCACAGAAAGUGGGAGUCAUUACUUGUUGACUACAAAAAAAUCAAGGACUGGGAAUCUAAGCGUGGCCUUGUUUCAUAUUGGUCUUUGGAGAAGGAGAGGAAAAUGGAACAUGAACUUCCGAUUUCCUUUGAUGCUGAACUGUUUAAGUGCCUCGAUGAGAGUUUAAAGUUACAAGGGUAUCAAUCGGAGUCAGACCAUGGUGGCAGUGAAUCAGAGGCAGAAGUUGAAAAGCUAAAUGAUAUUACUAUUUCAGAUUUGAAGAAACAAAGUGGUUCAACACAAGGUCGUCAGAAGAGCAAGAGGGGUCCGCCUAAAAGCAAGAUAACUGAAACAGCCAAGGAGCAAGGCAAGAUAACAGUAUCGGUUGAACCGGAAGGCAACGUAGUUGAAACUGCUGAAAAUGAAAGUAUUGUUGCAGAAGAGACUGUUAAGAAAGGCAGGGUAGGUCGACCUAAAGUAAAGAUAACAGAAACGACCGAACAUAAUGGAGAUGUAACAGAAGCGACUGAACAGAUUGGAGGUAUAAAACAACCGGCUGAAGAAGAAGGCAAAGCGAUAGAAGAGACGGUACCGAAACACAGGUUUGGUCGGCCUAAAACCAAGGUAACAGAAACGGCUGAAGAAGAAGUUAUUGAAGAAGAAGGCAAGGCGAUAGAAGAGACGGUACAGAAACACAGGUUUGGUCGGCCUAAAACCAAGGUAACAGAAACGGCUGAAGAAGAAGGUAAUGAAAAAGAAGGCAAGGCGAUAGAAGAGACGGUACAGAAACGCAGGUUUGGUCGGCCUAAAACCAAGGUAACAGAAACGGCUGAAGAAGAAGGUAAAGUAACAGAAGCGGCACUGCAGAAACAAAGGUUCGGUCGGCCUAAAACCAAGGUAACAGAAUCAGCUGAACAGAAAGGAGAGAGAACAGUAGGGGCGGAGCAGGAAGGUAAGGUAAUAGAAACAGCAGUACAGAAAGGUAGAGUAAGUGGGCUUAAAAGAAAGUCAACAGAUACAACGUCUGAGCAGAAAGGCAAGGAAACUGAAACAGCUGAGGAAAACGGCAAGAGUACAAAAGUGGAUGUGCAGAAAAGGGUAGGUCGCCCUAAAAGCAAGGUAAUAGAGAUGACUCAAAAAACACGUGCGGAUGUGGAACUUAUACAUGCCAUAUUGAGAGGAGACCUCAACCCUAAGGACAUUGACUUGAACGAACCAAGGAAUCCUGGAAUGCUGCAAACGGAAACGGCAAGGCGACAAGCUGAUGAUCUGAUCGAAGUUCUAGGAAGUCUUGUUGACAAUCUUAUCCAGCUAACAGACAUGGUCGAAGGGCGUGCUUAAUUGACUAGGUAUUCAUUCAGGUAGCUAAAUCUCUAGCAUCAGUGGUGUAAAUUGGUAGCAUUUAGUUCCUAACCCAAGUUUUUUUUGUUUCACAAUUCUGGUUGAUGUUAGGGUUGAACUCAUAUAACAAAUAUUUUAAAAUGUUUUUGUGCUCUUUGCUGCAAAAGUACGAGUACGAACUCUACAUAAGUAAACCUGCAGUGCAAUUUCA